GAAACUCGCACUCCUUCCCGGCAGCAGUUGUUGAAGUUCGGUAUCGGUUCAUGCGAUAUAGUCAGUUUUUGUUAUAUAACAGUUUCGGAAUCGAUAUUAUACGUUUAUUAUAUUAACCUUGAUUAUGGCAACUUUUGUUACGUUGAACACAGGAGCAAGAAUGCCUGUUGUCGGUCUUGGGACAUGGAAGUCUCCCCCGGGUAAGGUAGCCGAAGCGGUGAAAGCAGGUAUCACUGCAGGGUACCGGCACAUUGACGUCGCCUUCAUCUACCAGAAUGAGAAGGAGGUGGGAGAGGGAAUUCAUGCCAUGGUCAAAGAAGGUGUGCUGAAGCGGGAGGAUCUCUUCGUGGUCAGCAAGUUGUGGUGCACCUUCCAUGAAAAGUCUUUGGUGAAACCAGCUUGUCAGAAGACUCUGAAUGACUUGAAUCUGGAUUACUUGGAUUUGUACUUGAUUCAUGCACCGUUUGGUUUCAAGGCUGGAGAGCAGCUGUUCCCAAAGGACUCUGAGGGGUUUGUGAUUCCUAGUGAUACCUACUUCCUGGACACCUGGGAGGCCAUGGAGGAGCUGGUGGAUGCAGGCAUGGUCAAGGCUAUCGGGAUCUCCAACUUCAACCGAGAGCAGAUCGAGGCCGUACUGAAUAAGCCAGGCCUUAAGUACAGGCCUGCCACCAAUCAGAUUGAGUGCCAUCCCUACCUGACCCAGGAGAACCUGAUCAGCUACUGUCACUCCAAGGGCAUCUCUGUGACGGCCUACAGCCCGCUGGGAUCCCCCGACAGACCGUGGGCCAAAGUAGAGGACCCCUGUCCGCUGGAUGAUUCCAGCAUAAAAGCCAUAGCUGAGAAGCACAAGAAGACUGCAGCACAGGUCCUGAUCCGCUUCCAAAUCCAGAGAAACCUGAUUGUCAUUCCCAAGUCCAUCACGCCUCAGCGCAUCCAGGAAAACGUCCAGGUUUUUGACUUUGAGCUCAGUGAGGAAGAGAUGAAGACCAUUACAGGGUUGAACAGGAACUGGAGAGCCUGUCAGAUGCUCUGGGGGUCGAAACACAAGGACUUUCCUUUCAAAAGUGAAUUCUGAUGGAGACGUGCAUAAAGACAUGACUAAGCACGUAUCCCUCGGAGACACAUCAUCCAAUCAGCUACCUCCAGCAAUUUCAGCCAGUGUCGCCUGCCCAGCUCACUGAGGUGGUCUCACAAAUGAAUGUCACUUACUGUCUCUUACACACUAUACCAUCAUGUCUUUUUAAGGAUGUUUUGGCUAUAAUUAGCUCAUUGACUAGUGGAGUCAUCCUUUCCAGCAUUUAAACGUGCAGUCGUGUGACCUCUAUUUAAAAAAAAAAAUCUAGCCUAGACCCAAAUGACCGUAAAAACGAUAUCAGUGACUGCUGGCCAAAUGGGGAAGGGUCACAAAGGGAGGGGUUGACCCUAACCCUAUCAUCUCUCUUUAAGUGAUAAAGAAGACAUAAAUAUAUAAUUUAAGCCAUUUGUGACUCAUCUUAGGAACAGUCACUGCAUCACUACCGAAACAAUAGAUUUAAUUUUUACUGAUUUCUGAAUUUUUCCAAAUCUCAUUUGACCUUGAGAAUAUAGCUGCAGAUAUGCUAUUUGGCUGUAAUAUUAUUUGUAUAUCGAUAUCCAGGUAAAGAUUUCGUAUGGUACCUUAAGGUUACCUGGUGGGUUGCAUUUAAGUGUUUGUUCUGUGUCUUAUUUUAUUGGACUCCCUGAAAUUAGAGACAUUGAGACGUAUCUUUUAGUUAAAGUUGACAAACGAAUGUAACCUAAUGUAAUGUAAAGUGACACAUGUGGUCUGGGAGAAGGGGAGAUGGCAGCUUUCCACCAGUAGGGAAAGUUUAUUACGAACAGAAUGUACAAGAAACAAAAUGGCCUCAUGGGGUCGAAACAAAGGCAGGUAGGGUAAAUUAACAUGAAGGAGCACGGGCUAAUAUAACAACGGGGUUAGGUAGGGCAAACGGAAAUGAAGAGACGCUAAUGGGGAAAGCAAGUAAAGCACGAGCAGAAACUCAGAAUGACCAACAGAGAAGCAGAGUACGGAUAGAUGCUUGUAUACACAAAUAAUGUGGCUGGAACAAGGAACAGGGACAAACAGUGAGUCAAUUGAUUGGGAAGAAAACGGGAUGGCCAGCGACAUCUGCUGGCCACACGCGAACAUGACAGACACAACACAGAGACGUUCUGUCAUAAAAAAUCUCUUGGCCUGUAAAUGAAAAACAGGAAAGUGCAUCCCCCCUGCUUGGCCUGGUGCUUAUGGAGGACCACCGGUGUCACGGAAAAAAUCGCACAGCAUUUCAGUAAUUAAUAACUAAUUGUGCAAUUAAGAGAGCAAUUAUAAAAAUGAUUUAUACAUGAAAUAUUAAUCCAUUAAGUGGUUCAAAUUAAAAAGGGAUUUACAAAAAACAACAUAUCUCUGAAUUGCCUAUAUCGCGUGCAUGUGUGCUCUGUGAUGCACUAGUGCCCCAUCCAGGCAGCACCCCUGCACAGUGCUAUGAGCUUCCUAGGCUAAACUCCUGCCUUCCCUUUGUAACUUUGACCAGGAUAUGGAAUUAAUGGAUGAAUUUGAAGAUCCGGAUGGACCGAAUGAGAGGUUGCAGUCCAUUAUCAUUAUUAAAUGAUCAUUAUAAAAUUAUUUCUAGAGACCAGGUCUACCACCCUAGACUGAAAGAUGAUUAUGCAGUUUUUUUUUAUAACAUAUGCACCCAGACCUCUUGUGGCUUAGUUUGCUGGCUAUGGGUAUCGUUAUAUUGUGCAACAGGUUUGGUGUUUUGGGACGUGACCUCAUGGGGAGAACGACAUAGUUUAAUUAUACUUACCAUGUUAUUUAGUCUUUUUUUUCCAACAGUGUUUUUCUGCCAGGCCAAAAGAGAUAUUGAUGACUGCUAUACAUAUUCUGCUUCUUAUAAAUGUACCUACCAGAGGAAACUAGCCUGCAAACUACAUGUUGCUGAAAUACUCAGUUUAGUGUCAAGGUCAGGUUCGCUGAUAAAAAAGGAAUCAGGCCACAAGAUGUUUCUUUUGUCCACUUUUAUUAUGAAGUCACCAGUAUGGCCAGUGUCUCCUGUUCAUAUUCAUAUGUGUGUAGCAUCAUGGUUUUUUAGGAGUAAUUUGAAGUGAAAAAACUCUAUUUCAGUAAACAGUUUUAUGUAUUUACAUGGAUGUGUCUGAAUCCCAAAGUAUUGUAUAUGUUCUAUGCAGGGCAAGUUUCUGUGCCCAUUUAAUAAAUUACGAUGUAUUGUA